CGCGCCUGCGCAGUGACGUUAUUGGGGGUGGUCGCACAAAAUGGCGGCCGCCGCCUUGUCCUUGCAAGGGGCGCUGCGUAUGGUAGCUUCGUCCAGGGGCUUCCCGGUGUCCUUCUCCCGGUUAACUGCGUCCAGGAGGAACUACGGCUCCCCGACGUCCUCGACUGGGGAGAAAGUGACCCACACAGGGCAGGUAUAUGAAGAAUACGAUUACAGAAAAGUUCGGUUUGUUGAACGACAGAAAGAGGUGAAUGAGAACUUUGCAAUUGAUUUAAUUGCUGAGCAGCCUGUGAGUGAAGUUGAAACCAGAGUUGUAUACUGCGAUGGUGGUGGAGGAGCUCUGGGACAUCCUAAAGUGUAUAUAAAUUUGGACAAAGACACAAAGACAGGAACAUGUGGCUACUGUGGACUUCAGUUUAAGCAGAAGCACCAUCACUAAAAUGCAUUGUCUUACUGUGUCCUUCAGAACUGUUAGCCUUUGUAUGUUAUAGUAUUAAAUAUGGAAUUUAAAGGACA